CGUACAGGAGCGGUGUUGGGAGCGAUGGGCCGGCUGGACGACCACGCCAAGAGGAGGAUCGUGGAGCUGCGCAGGGCCGGGCUGAGCUUCCGCAAGAUCAAGAAGGUUCUGGAGCUGGACGACAUCCGGGUGACGCCGCAGGCCGUCUACCUCUUCCUCAAGCGGAAGAGUGUGGAGCCGGGGUUGGCAGCAGCUGGCUGGGACGGGGACCAGCCCUGGCCCCCGCUGCAGGGACAUGAGGCUGAGCCACCCAAGCUGCCGAGUGCCCGGCUGCCUGGGGUGCCUGGUGAGGGCCCUGUGGGUAGCCGGGCACCCUGCCCUGCUGGAAGCCAAGACACCAAGGAGAGCAUCCAGAUUGUCAGCAGGGCCUUGCUCUGCAAGGACGGUGGGCAGCUCGGGGAGGCCCUGCCCGUAGGACUCCCCCCUGGGAAUGGUGGUGAUGGCUCCAUAGGCACCCCCUCGGCUCUGGGGAGCUGCCCCACUUUGGGGGUCUCGUCCACCCCUCCACAGGCCCUGACCAGCCGAGGGCGGCUGGUUGCACCCUCAGCCAGGAACCCAGCUCUGAUGGUGAAGAAAAAGAUCAUGGACAAGGCUAUCCUCCUGCAGAAAAAGGUCAAAGACACCAGCACUCAGACUCCUUUGCUGAACGCCACAAGUCCUGGCACUGAAAGUCUUGCUUGGGGCGAACCAGUGCUUCCCCCUGCUCCCAACUCACAUGCCAUUGCCGAAAAGCUGGAUGCUGUGCAGACAGAGAUCCAGAAGCUGAGCCAGGCCCUGCAGGCAGUGCUGGAGAGGCAGUGCCGCCUGGAGCGGCAGCAGGAGCAUCAGCAGCGGCUGCAGCAGGAGGUGCUGAUGACGCUGCAGCAGCUCAGCUCCACUGUGAGCCACGGGGCCGUGCCAGCGAACCAGCCCUGUGUCCCCUUCAGCAGCAUGGCCGAGCCCUCACCCACUGUGCCAAACUUCAGCCAGUUCAAGAUGGAGCUCAUCUGACCCCAGGCCACGCCGCUGUGCUUUAGCAGUGCCGCACUGGUGGCGGGAUGAAGCUGGGAAGAACCACCUUUCAGGGGCUGCCUGAGGAUUAUGUGGGGCACCCAGCAGAGAAGGUCCCUGGUGCCACAUGUUUUCAUCCCUGCUGACUGCAAGGGGCUGCCUGGCACAAGAGGCAGAGCAGUGCAGAGCUCAGGACUCACUUCUGCUGUGCUACCCAGCCUGGCUGGCACUGGAGCUGGCUGGUGGCCCGUGGACUUCAGCAGCAUAGACAGGCUCCCUGCAAGCAGAAGAUGCAACUAAGAGAGGCACAACAGGUAGGUGGGUCUCAAAGCAAAGGCAAGGCUUCCUCUCCCAAGGGUCAGUGCUGUGACGAGCAAUCACAGAAACGCUUUGUGCCCUCCCUCUGCAGAGCCUUGUUCAGUAAAACUAUAUACACCAUGGUUCAGAAA